AUGUAAUUUCACCCAACCAUUUCCAGUGCUCAGUCAGUCACAGACGGCGGUGUGUGGUAGCGUAGUCAUUCCUCACACAUAUUCCCACAACAACGGGGGACAAUUCUACUUCCUUUUGGAACUAACUAGACAUUAGCUGCUCGCGUACUUGCCGUUUUCAAUUAGAAAUGGAUUCAGAAGCUGUAGAAACAGGUGUCAGUGUGGAGGACGCACCAGCCGGGGUGCCGGAAGUGAACGGAGACCUGGGCAGGGGUGAGCCCGAUGGCCUGAGCGAGCCCGACCGGGCGGGCGAGUCCAGCGUUCCCGACGGAGUGAUGACCGGCAGUUCGCCGCCCAGAUCACCGGCGAUAGAAGACGUCCCCGACCCGAAAGAAGCACGGGAGAUGAUCCUGACGGAGCUGAAGACAGGACAGCCGAGAGCGAGUUUGAAAAAGUAUCAGAAACCAUCGAACACAUUUGUGGUGGGACCUUGAACAAGAGACGUGCCAAGCGGGUAGUGAGAGAGCAGCAAACGGACCUUUCCUGGCCUUUUAUCACAUUUAUUCAACCACAAACAGAGACGCCAGACAUGUGCAGCGAUCAACAACUCAAGCCGGAUCUAGGAUAGGAAUAUAGUGUUUGCUGUAUCUAACUUUAGAACAAAAGUACACUUUUGCUCAAGUAAGCAAUAUGAUAUGGGUGGAGAAGAAAAGGGUAUUUUUGAGUACGGGAAUAAGUAUUUUGUUGGUAGUGUGUACAUAUUAGAGUACUCCAUUCGCUAAUAUGAAUCUUAGUCUCGCUUAAACUGCAGUAUUCUAUGUAAACUUCACGGUGUAUUUUGUUAUCCAAUAACAUCGUUUUACUUUUGCGUCUGUUGUGGCCAACACAGCUGUCUUUGUGCAACGUUCCAGCUAUCCUUGCCACCAGAAAGAACUCCAUACAUUUCCUAGAUGAAGAAGAAUGUUAUAUAUGUUGGUGUCAACUUCGUUGAAAUGCAUUCUUAAUAGUCUAGUGUAUGACUAAGUGCCUCAAAUGCAGCACAUUAUCUUUGUAAACUACUGUGUAAGUAGUGCACAUAAAAGACCAGAGGCCACAAGACCAGUGUGAGAAUGUGAGAAAACGCCACCAUGAGCACGUAAAGCUAACUUGUAACUAAACAGCAUAAACAUUUCAACAUCACACUGUUGACUGACUUGGCGAUGUAUUAUUUAUCUUGCCCUUGGUCUCAGAGUCCAAAUCGUGUACAAUGUACAUAUGCUCUGCAGUCUUGCAGAUACAUUUGUGGUAUUAUUUUCUCAAAAGAGCUACUGCAGUGAAAUAUUUGUUCUAACUUGAUGAACGUUCGUGAUAACAU